GUAUUAAGAUGGUCAGAACAAAAUGUUCGAGAAAAAUAUCAAAGUCAUCAUACAAAAGUGUUUAAAAAUGUAAUGGCAAGCAGAAUUGUAAAGAAAGUGAAACGCGGCAAAAGGGAAUCCAAUUCAAAAGAACACAUACCAACGAUAGUGGUCACUCCACCAGAUAAUCGAGACAUGAAAGUCAAAGCCAAGAGAUCAGAUAACGCUAAAGAUAAUGUUAGAGAAACCGCUGAAGCCUCGACCUCGCAAGUAAUGACCAACAAAAUGGCUGAAUUCAACGUCAAUCAACUGAUAGCGGAGCUGUCUGAGAACUCGAAAGCGUCGAGAACCGAGAUAGAAACGAUACAGAGGCGACUACUGCAGCAGGCGAACGAAAUAUUGAAAGUAAACGCCUUCGCUAAUCCCCCCAGCAUAGAUAAGUCUCAAAUGUACACAAACAAACCUGUUUAUGGCAGAAUACCGAUCACGAUACCGAGAAAUCCUAAUUCAGUAGUAAACGGCGUUGCUAAUCAAGUGGAUCUGAAGGAAUCGCGGGUGAACACGAGCGUGGCGGCCGACAAUGAGCGUGGCAUCGAGCCGCAAGACGCGCAGCUCGUCCCGGAGAGGUUGCGAGACAUUCCCGGGGAUACUGCCGGUGCUCUGAUGAAUAGUGAACACGGGAAUAUGCAAAGGGUCGCUAUGAUGGCGGCGGAGGCGGGAAGGAGUGCUUUUUUCUACGAAACGGGUUCUGUAGCCGGCCGCCUGCCGCGCUUGGCCGCCAGUGCGCGCGCGCCUCUGACAGGUACAGUCGAAGGUGGGCCGCCAUACAGGAUGCCGCCGGCGCCCGAGGCAGCGCUGCCCGGCGCCCCCGCACCUUCGUUACCGGCUGCACUGCACACACACUCCAACAAGUUUCCUAUAGAGCGCGAAGUGAUCCUGUCCUCUGGCGACAAGAACUCGAAGGUGCCUAUCCUGCAGGAGGCGAGGAAGAGGGGCAGGCUCGGUGCUGUCGCCCCUGACACCCCACCUAAGGCCUUGUCGGCUUGGACUCAUGCUGAGAACCAGCAAGCUGGCACAUCUGACGGCUUCAGGCAGUACCACGAGCAGUACGGGUACAUGAACCAAAACCAAGGAGCCGUGGCCAGGAAUAUGCAGAACUACGACUCACCGAAACCACCCAUACCGGCUAAAACAUACGGCAAAGUUGACACCCCAAACAACUCGCAGCUUAUAACAGUGACGGUUGAAACAGGGAAGGAUAACACAAGAGACGCACCAAAAAGUGCGAAGUCUGUUAGUAAGACUUACCACACGCUCAAAGACAUGAUCUCAAGCAGGUUUAAGAGUAAAGACGCUAAUGAUGGCGAGAAGAAUAAUGAGCAAGAAGCUAGUUUGAAUAACAGUGAAGAGAGGAAACGACCUGAAAGGCCUGAACCAGAGCAGGUGACGCCAAGAGAGAAUGGACAGAGGAAGGUGGAGCAAGGGAUCUACGGGAGGCCAAUGACGCAGUCGAGACCGGAAAUGCAGUACAGCCAUGGCAUAGCAAACAACAUGGCCUAUCCUAGCCCGUCGCCGCACAGACAACUGAUGCAGCAGCAGAUGGUACAAUCCCACAUGAUGAUGAGUCCACAAGCGAGGUCCCAAGAGAUGCUGGCCAGCACACCCCACCGGCAGCCUCAGGCCCUCGGGGCUGAUGCUUUGUACCAGCAGUACGGACCACCCGGACGAAGAAGCGCCCUCUAUCAGAGAGAUUUGGAUGUCAGGUCGAUGGCGAAUUUCACUUCCUUGAAGACUGGGCCGCAGUCUCAGUUCGACAACUCGCAUUCAAGACCGGAUCUCAGAAGCCCACAACAAUUAGAAAGAGAAAUAGUGCGCCAAAGAGGCUUUGUAGAAGGCAGACGUGCAACAUCACAUCCUCACCUUCUUGACGAACCGCAGCAUAGACCUGAAGUAACAACACCACAGAUUCACGAUCCUGGGAGACGGAACUCUCAUGGCAAUCUUCUUGAUCACACGCCAAAUGAGCAUCCAAGAAAUUGUGAGGAACGUGAAUCUGAUGAUGGUGGGUUCAGAGCAAGACUUGCAGCCCAAGGCAGGUCUAGCUACGAGGAACGUAUCCGAACGAGUGGCCGCUCGGUAGAAUCUCAGCGACAGGAGAGAAUGCAGGAAAACGUGUACAGAAGAACACCGGACAGCCACAAAGAGCGCAGAACUCCAGACAGUCACAAAGAACGUAGAACCCCAGACAGCCAUAAAGAACGAAGAACACCAGACAUACACAAGGAGCGCAGAACUCCAGAUUCAAUAGGACAUAAGAAAGAAGAGCCUUCGACGUCACAGGAGAGGAAUGACGAGAGUGCUAGUCAGAAGUCAGCUGAUAGUGUUUAUAAUUCAAGCGGGAAGACUGAAGCUUAUAAUCCACAGCCUUCGUCUUCUAGACAGACUCCGAAUAGAAUAGAAGAUCUCAAGGCACACGGAAAGAAAGGAGCCGGGUCGGGAGCUAGUUCAGACUACGACAAGAACGGUGGUCAGUCUUCGAACGUGGACUCUGGGCGGGGCAGCGUGGCGUACUCGAGUGGCCGGCGACCGGAGCCCCUGCAUGACACGUCAGCUGACUCCGAUGCGCUGGGCACCAGGCAACCACAGCCUGGGACUAGCCAGCAGCCGCAGGGACAAAGUGCAGAAAACGACUGGGUGGAAUGCGAGCUGCGCCACAUCUUGGAGCCGAAGCUGGCCAGCAUGCGCCUGGACUCGUCAGCCACGUCUGACACGUCCGUCACGCCGCCACUGCCACCGCUCUCACCAUCCUCUGAUAUGCACAAGAGGAAUAGUUUGCCGGGCCGGUCGGCAGAGUACCCAGAGGAACGUCGACGAGGUCGCGAGUCUCCGCGAUGGCACUCACAUAAGAAGCACUCAUCCAAACGAGAUCAUCAUUAUAAGAAACACUUAUUCGGCCUUGACACAACGGACAUGACAUCAACAACGACCAGAAGCUUGGACCUCUCCUCACUGCUAGAAGGCAGGUCUGAUAGCUCAUCAUCUGGAGACGCACGGGCCAUCCGUCGGCAGCUCCGAGGGUUGGAGAACAUGUAUGCUGAAGUGCUGCAGCUGUUGGGAGUCAGGAAGCCUGCUAGCUUGGCUAAACAGCCUACUUGGGAGUCUAGGUUAUCAUCAAAGCGUCGUUACGGUAGCAUGUCCUCACUGCCAUCCAGCUCCGUCAGCAGUCGACCCGUCAGAGAUAAGAGACGAAGCUCCAACGAGCAUCGGAAGAAACAUGACUUGAAGGGUAUAAACAAGCGCUUCCAACGUCUGGAGUCCCACGUGGUUACCCUUGCGAGGUCGGUAGCACAUCUCUCCAGCGAGAUGAGGACGCAGCACCUCGUCAUGCAGGAGAUGGACAACAUCAGGGCUGAGAUAGCAGCACUCAGGCAUAUGUACAAAUCCCAGCAGUACAUUCGCUCAGGCAGCCACGGGCGUCACCUCGACCCGUACUCGUUCAGCAACCCCGACCGCGUCAAGCGACUCACCAAGUUCUUCGGAGACGAGCCGCCCCUCAUGAGGCUGUUCCUCAAGAAACUUGGAUAUGAGAAAUAUGCAGCACUUCUAGAAAAAGAGAAAGUUGGUGCUGCAGAACUGCCUUACGUUGGAGAAGAUAAGCUUCGAGCCCUGGGUGUCCCUCUAGGCCCCAGGAUGAGGAUACUGAAGGAAGCAGGCAUUCAUCAGGAACUCCACCAUAUGUCCCGAGACGACCAACAUAACACAACCACCACUCUAGCUAUCGUUUAACAUUAAACUUUAUGUGAUCGUUUUAAGGACUAUUUUUGCGUGAAGACUGAAUAUAAGGAGUAGCUCAAUAAAGCAUGUUUGUUUAGUUCAAGUAUUAUUUCAGAAGUUAAUAUAUUUAGGAAUACUGUUUAUAAUGAAGCUGGUUUCUUUCUGUCUUUAUAGAUAAUUAUUACCUAUACCUAACUAAAACUGUUUUGCGAAAUGAUAAUGUAUUAUGCCUAAUGGAAUUUACACAUUAGUCUUUAGCAGGAGAUAAACAACAUGACAUUUCAAACUUUUAGACUUAUUAUUUACGGGUAAUUCUUUUAUGAAUGUUUUAACGAAAUAUGUAAAAUACUCAAGGCAACGAAUGCUGAAAUGGAUCUUUGGUUUAGCUUUAAAAUAAGGGCCAUAAUGCUCAGAAAUUAUAACAAAAACCUAUAUUAAGCAAUGCUCAUUCCACAUCAUCGAAAGAAGCGUCUACCCUUAUCCCAAUUUUAUUUGGGGUCAAGGCAGCAUGUUUUGCUUUGUAAUUCCAUAUUCUUCUAUCUGCCGUCAUUUCACAGGUACCUAACAUUCUUCCUAACCCUAUCGACUUUCACGCAAUCCAUACAUCGUUUCUUUGGUCGUCCUCUUCGACUAUAUCCGUCCACGUUCAAGCAGCAAAACCAUCCUCAAAACUUUCAUUCCUCCGCAUCACAUGCCCAUACCACAACAGACGGUUUCCACGUAGCUUUUCUGUAACUUCAAACUUCUUCUUACAUACUCAUUCCUCACUCUAGAUCCAUUUACGUAACACCACACUUUUCUCUUAGCUUCUCAGCUAAUCAAAACAGGAUGUAAGUAAAUCAUAUCUCUGGUAUUUUUCUGCUACAAAUAUGAUUGCUUUAGAAGAAAACACUGUAUCCGAAAUUUCGUCAUAUUUUUUUAAAUGUCAUCGAUCUAAGUAUCGCAUUUCACAAGUUGGAUAAAUAAAAACAAAAAUUAUGUAACAGGGAAUCAAAAUAAACUUUGUCGUCAAGUAGAUAAAGUCUUGGAGUAGCCGCACACUGCCUACAACCUAAAACAGUCGGCCUACAGUCGACCCAAUCGUUGGCAAUUUUUUUUUAAAGAAAAUCUUCAUUGCAGUCAAAGUUAUGAGUCGUUUUCUAUUUUGUAAAUUCGCAGUCUGCCUUUAAUUCCAUGACAUUUAACUCCAAAGCUAUGGAAACGACUCAACUGACAACUAUUGUAUAUUUGUGUCUAAAGUCCAUUCCACGAAAGAAGUCCCGCGGAAAAUUGUGGAACUAUAUAUUUUAGUACGUAUUUACUGAGCUAUCGCAUAGACACUAACGCUGCGUCUGCCGAACUUCUUUCGCGAAAGGUACUUUAUUAACGGCCCUUCCCAAUAUCCGAUGUAUCAAGUAAACAAAUCAACAGAUAGGGACAUUGGGAACAGUCAUCAUUAAUUUAAUUAUUUUACAUUUUACUGAGAUUUGUACCUUUAAUUACGUUAAAUAAUCAUGCACUCAGAAAUUAUAUGCCAAAGAGUUUACUCGGCGUAUGUAUAAAUAGUAUAAACUUGUAAAUAUUAGCCUGUAUAUAAUAAUUAAUUAAGAUUUAAAUAAUGUAUUAAUAUGUAAGCUUACGAAGACAACGAAAUUGAACAACGUAAUCAAUUAUUGUAUUUUUUAUUCCCUUUACAUAUUUAA